CAAUACGCGACAAGUGUCUUUUCUCACGGUGAGGAAUAAUAUUAACAAUGAAAAUCCCGAACUGUUUCGACGCUAUUCGCGUCUCGCCGCAUUCUGCAUGACAAGGGCCUAAGGCCGGUGUUAGUAUUGGCUACUGAAAAUACGCUCGGUGGCAUUGUAUAUAUGUAACACACACGCGAUGUUGUAUUGCCUGGGUGGUAGAAUGAAAUGAUUUUCAUUCAGUACUUUUUAAGAGGCAAGUGCAGUUCGUUAAAAUAAAUAUGGAGCUAGAUCUUGUUGAAGACCUUCUAGUCAAGCCAUUCGUAAGGCGAUCUGUUGAAGAAAAGCUCUUGAUCACAAAAAUGCAAGUUCCUCGACCAAAGCUAGAAAAUCUCAAGUCAACGUUUGUCAGAGGUGGAAAGACAAUUACACGAAAAUUUAACGUGAACGCUUAUGAUGCAACGUGGCUGUGCGGCUCACAGACACGUGGUAAACUAUUUUGCUGGCCGUGUCUCUUGUUUCAAAAUCCUAGUGAUAAAUGCGUGUGGAUAAAGGAUGGAUAUGGAGAUUUGAACCAUCUUUCCUCGGCCAUGAAGGGGCAUGCAGCGACUAAAGAGCAUAUUAACAACGCUAUGGCACACCGCACGUUUGGAAGAACGAGGAUUGAUGAGGCGCUGGAUCAUGCACACGAAAUUGCAAGGAAAAACCAUAACGCUCAAGUGAAAAGAAAUAGGGAAGGAAUGACAACAUUGAUUGAUUUAACAUGUUUCCUUGGCUCGCAUGGUCUAAGCUUUCGAGGUCAUAACGAACAACACGAUUCCGUCAAUAAAGGCAACUAUAAGGAUCUCUGUGAAUUCAUAGCAUCCAGAGACGUGGCCUUCGCUGAUUUCGUCAACAACAAUUCAGUGUUUUCGGGAACAUCCGCUUCCAUUCAGAACGAGCUUAUAGAAGUCAUUGGAUCUUUUAUGAUUGAAGAAAUCUUCCGGGAAGUGCAAAAUGCUGAAUUUAUUUCUGUGAUGGUCGAUGAAACCACUGAUGUUGCGAGAAAAUCUCAGUUGGCUACGACUUUUCGAUAUUGUUUGAAAGAUGGUACGCCCGUUGAAAGAUUCGUGGAUUUGUGUGAUGCAAGCAACGACAAAACCGCUGUAGCCCUUGCCAGAGAAGUAGUUUCGUUGUUGGAAAAAUUCAGCGUGACCCCUGAAAAAUUGGUAGCACAGACAUACGAUGGAGCUCAUGUUAUGUCGGGUGUUGCUGGCGGAACGCAAGCGAUCGUCAAAAAAUUAUACCGUGAUGCCGACUACAUACUUUGUAAGGCCCAUGUUUUAAAUCUUGUUUUGCUGCACGCUUGCAACUACCAAGAUACAAGAAAGUUUCUCACUACACUGUCUACACUGGCUUCGUUCUUUACUCAAAGUCCUAAAAGAGAUUCAGAAUUGAAAAACUACAUCCAGCGUAAAAUUCCAAACGUUUGUAAAGUGAAGUGGGCAUAUACAUCCAGAAUGGUUAAUAUUGUAGAAGCUCACUAUUCUGAACUAACCACGUGUUUGGGCGAAAUUGGUGAUAUUCUUCUCCCCCACAAUCUUCAAAAUAAUUUGUACGUGGGAACAAUGGAAGGACAACACGAUCUCACCGGUUUCAAUUGCAAACGAUGUAGUUUGCCAGAUUCUGCAGAUGAUAAUAUGGUUGCAUGUGAGAGAUGCCACGAAUGGGAGCAUUUCAAGUGUGCUGGAGUUGACGAGCGAAUUGCCAGUAAGUCAUAUUUGUGCCAAGAAUGCCGCAUUGCCAAACAAUCGGCAGCCAAACCAGAUACGUUUCAGAAGCCAAAAGAGACUGGGAAAAAAUCUUCGAAGCUAACGAGUAAAGUUGGAUCAAAACACGGAUAA